UAAAGAUGAAGUAUAAAGUUUCAUUGAAUUUGUUGAUUUUUCUCCAUAAGUUUCUUCUGUUUGAACUUGUUAUCUUAAGAAAGAUAGUUCUUAUGUAUGUAUGUAUGUAUGUAUGUAUGUAUUUAUUUAUUUAUUGGAAGAGACUAUCUUUAUCCCUAUCAACUUCAACUACAGGGCAUCGAUGUUGAUUAAAUGACAGGAGAAAGAGUCAUCAGGCAUUAGUCAUAUGACUAAUAUGUUUUCAGAUAUCCCGGACCUGUAUGUACAUUACACACAGGACUGUUGGGUUUUGCACCUUCUGCUACAAAAACUGGCACCCGCAGUCCAGGAUGAAUGUUUUAGUUACACUCUUGAUGGGAAGGAACAGAGACUCCCCUGGAUGCCUGGUGAUAAGGGUUAGCAGAGAAUUUGUAUGACGUCCACAUUCUCACUAGUGACCAAUGCAUCUAUAGCCAGACCCUGCCAUGUGCUCAGGGCCUCAGUGCCCCGUAUUUGCUCAUAUUGACACCCUGGGUUUCUCUGUUCCCCCAUAACUUUACUCGCUAAGGGCUUUUGCUUACUGUGGUCUCCAGUCUACCCCAAAACAUUCUUCCUGCCCGUGUGCCUCACUAGCUCAGUCUAGGUUUCCAAAAUUCAUACUCCAGAGAGCUUGAAUACAAUUGGUCAAGUUCAUCUUUUCACAGUAGGUCAUGUCCUUGGUCACUGCCUAUCUUGGUUAGUUUCCUAUCCCUGGCCCAUUUAGCUGUAACCUGAGGUGAGAGCUGAGGGUCAUCUGGAUGUGAGUUGGUUGUUUCAGAAACAGGAUGGGGGAAGGACUGGGCAAUUUACCUUAGAAAGACGAGCGAGUGGAUACUCAGGUACUAACUGGUGUUUCAAGGCAAGCAGAGUUUCAAUUUUGGUUGCUUUUCGUGAGGAAAACCAGAAGUUCAAAGCUGCUUUUAUACUGUCAUGGAAUUCAGAUAGUGUUUAGAGCAGUGCCCAAUGGAAACAUGUUUGCUAAUGAGGACAAGUGAAGAAUUUGGGCCAUUAUCGAUGUAGUUGAGUCCCAGUUGAGUCUGCUGUCAUCUGGGCUGUUAGACAAAAACACACACUCCAGAUCAAAAACCUGAUUUUUAUUUUAACCCGAAUCACCCGGAUCACAGCAGGAUUUUGCUUGAAUGACCCAGACAGAUUGCAUCAAUUUUCUGCUUUACUUUGCUUGUGGAGACCGGGCUGUUAGUGGUUACUUCUGGAAUGAGAAAAUGUAUUAAAAAAAGGUUGGAACCUGGAAAGAUUUCUAGAAUAGUAUUAUACUGUUUUACUUGUUCUUUUCUUCUUACUUGUUUUUUUCAUUAUUCAGCCUAAUCUAGUAAUCUAGUAUUCAGUCUAAUCUAGUAAUCUAAUUUAAUUAGAAAAUUGUCCUCAAGAGAGGUGUUUUUUUUUCCUAUAAGAAAGCACAGGAUAUUUUAAAACAGUGUUAGUCUAAGCCGACAUUUUAAUUUUUUAGUGAGCUUUUUAGAAUGAUAAGCUUUAAGAUGAUUCAUAAUAACACUUCAAUGUCAAUCUAUAGAAAGUAUUCUUAGCCAUCCACUGAUAAACUUGGGUGCUUAUGUCCUGAGUUUGAAUGCUGACUCCAGCUCUAACAUCUUGGCAUCCUAUGGUUUCCUCCUCUGUAUGAUGGGUUUGUGGUAGUACUUACCUCACUGGGUUGUUGUAAAAGUGCUUAGAACAGUAUGUGACUUCUUGUAUGUGUCCAGAGACAUUUGCUACUCUUUUUUUCUUCCCCACUUGAGAAAGCACAUAUUGGAAUGCAAAUAAAUGCCAAUCAUGGUCUUUUAAAGAUAAUUAAUCUAAUUUGUAUUUUAUAGGAAUUUUACAGUCUACAUUUAUAUUUUCCAAUGAAAAGAAAGUAAUCUAUAACCUUCAGUUUAGAACCCACCAGCUGUCCUAUUUUGAGAACUGUUGCUGUAAGUGGUUUUCUUCUCUGUAUUGAUGGGUACAUUGGAUCUUAACAGGUAGCUAAAUGGUAUUUGGAAAGCAUAGUUCAUCCAUUCUGGCAAAUAAAAUAAUUGAAGGAUUUCAUGAACUUAGACAAAGAUAUUUUGCUCUUAAAAUGUUUAAACUGUUCAAAACAUCUUACUGAAGAACUCACCUUUCUCCAGAAACCCUGAUAAAAAUAAUUAAAAGCUAACAAAACCUCGAUGUUGCACUAGUACGCAUGACUGUUCUUUUUGUAAGUGGAUCUUGUUGAAAUUUGUGUCUCUUAAACCAAAAUUAAAUACUGGACAUAUUAGCUGAGCUGUUCGGCUCUACAUAUUCUGGAGAAAUUAAUUUCAGACUGAUUUGCAUAUUCAAAUUAUAUUAUGGGCUAAUUCACAUGUAUAGAGGAGACUGAAGACAGUUAAGAUCCUUUAUUUCAAAAUGUUUUAAAGUGUUGAUUGUGAGAAUUUUGAUUUUCUUUCUAUCCUAAGGCAGAUUAGAGCUGCAUCCCCUGCCCUACAGAUGUCAACCUGCUCUUGGAGGUUCUAGAAAGCCCAGUAGCAAGAUAGGCUCCUUCAUCGUCUCCUCUACCAUUCUCACUUCCAGAAAACCUAACCUUCCUAAGACCUUGAAGAGUAGAAACAUCUAACAUAUUUUUAAAAAUCCUUUACAAUAAAUACUAUGUGAAGCACAGCCGGCUUUAUAAGCUAUUACCAUGUUAACAUUAUUUCUUUAACUUCAAUAUACUUCUUAGCCCAUUUUCUAUUUCAGGAUGUUUAUCUCCGUGUAAACAAAAUGAAACACCGCACAAACUCUUAAAUGGCUGCGGGAAAUGCCAGACAGUUUAUGGAAAGAUCAAAUGACAGAAGGAAUGGCCUAAGAGUUGGCGAGAAGCUGAGUCCCUGCAGGUUACUGAAGUCAGGAACCUAAUUAAUCAGUGACAAGAAUGCAGUGGGUUGUUGAGUCAAUGGCUGAAUGGGAAAGUUAUAAAAAUGCUCGCAGAAGACAUGUCCUCACUCCUGCGCUGAGCUGUAACUAAUUUUGGAUUAACAAAAUUUAUGUGCUGAAUGAAUGCUUUCUUUUUUUUUUUUUUUCCCCAACUUGACAUGCCCGUCUAGACCUCAAACUUUAUUAGUAGUGAAGAGAAACAUCAGCUGGAUUACUGGAAAAAAAAUUCAGGCAGAUUAACAGAUUACUUACCCUUUGUUAAACGUCUCUCUUGCCUGAAGUGCUAAGAAAGUGAGGGUCAGGUCUUGUGUGGAGAAAGGAAGACCGCCCCCUCCUCUGUUCUGUACAGGAGAGUUUCCACUCCUAGUCAAAUGGUGGUGCUAGUUCUUUAUUUUUGACUUGUUGCGUUUCCUAAUUUCAUGGUCAUAACAGCCUCCUGUCUACUGCUUCAGAACGGAUUUCACCAAAACUGAAAAUGCAGUCUCCAUGCUCAGAAGCUUCUUAACGGGCUUGAAAGGUUAGUGUUCCUUUCUCUUGCCCAUUCUGUAGCAUAAGAAGACAGUCUUUGAGUGGCAUUCUUCUCCUCGAGUAGGUACUCCCAUUUCUUUUCCUCAAUGUGGCCGGUCGGCUGCUGAGCCCUCUGCCGCGCGGGGAGACCGUGUGCGCCUUGCCCACGGCCACUGACCAUGACCAUGACCCUCCACACCAAAGCGUCUGGAAUGGCCCUGCUGCAUCAAAUCCAAGGGAACGAGCUGGAGACCCUGAACCGCCCGCAGCUCAAGAUCCCCCUGGAGCGGCCCCUGGGCGAGGUGUACGUGGACGGCAGCAAGCCCGCCGUGUACAACUAUCCCGAGGGCGCCGCGUACGACUUCAACGCCGCGCCCGCCGCCUCCGCGCCGGUCUACGGCCAGUCGGGCCUCGCCUAUGGCUCCGGGUCCGAGGCGGCGGCGUUCGGCGCCAACGGCCUGGGGGGCUUCCCGCCGCUCAACAGCGUGUCUCCGAGCCCGCUGGUGCUGCUGCACCCGCCGCCGCAGCUCUCGCCCUUCCUGCACCCCCACGGCCAGCAGGUGCCCUAUUACCUGGAGAACGAGCCGAGCGGCUACGCCGUGCGCGAGGCCGGUCCUCCCGCGUUCUACAGGCCAAAUUCAGACAAUCGGCGCCAGAGUGGCAGAGAGAGAUUGGCCAGUACUGGUGAUAAGGGAAGCAUGGCCAUGGAGUCUGCCAAGGAGACCCGCUACUGUGCAGUAUGCAAUGACUAUGCCUCAGGCUACCAUUAUGGAGUAUGGUCCUGUGAGGGCUGUAAGGCCUUCUUCAAGAGAAGUAUUCAAGGACAUAAUGACUACAUGUGUCCAGCUACCAACCAGUGCACGAUCGAUAAGAACAGGAGGAAGAGUUGUCAGGCCUGCCGGCUCCGGAAGUGCUAUGAAGUAGGCAUGAUGAAAGGCGGAAUACGGAAAGACCGAAGAGGAGGAAGAAUGUUGAAACACAAGCGCCAGAGAGAUGAGGGGGAGGGCAGGAAUGAAGUGGGGUCUUCCGGAGAUGUGAGGGCUUCCAACCUUUGGCCAAGCCCUCUCUUGAUUAAGCAUACUAAGAAGAACAGUCCAGCCUUGUCCCUGACAGCCGAUCAGAUGGUCAGUGCCUUGUUGGAGGCUGAGCCCCCCAUAAUCUAUUCCGACUACGAUCCUUCCAGACCCUUCAGUGAGGCUUCGAUGAUGGGCUUGCUGACCAACCUUGCUGACAGGGAGCUGGUUCACAUGAUCAACUGGGCAAAGAGGGUGCCAGGCUUUGUUGAUUUGAGCCUCCACGAUCAGGUUCACCUUCUGGAAUGUGCCUGGCUAGAGAUCCUGAUGAUUGGACUUGUCUGGCGCUCCAUGGAGCAUCCAGGGAAGCUCCUAUUUGCUCCCAACUUGCUCCUGGACAGGAACCAGGGAAAAUGUGUAGAGGGGAUGGUGGAGAUCUUUGACAUGUUGCUGGCUACGUCAUCUCGAUUUCGCAUGAUGAAUCUCCAGGGAGAGGAGUUCGUGUGUCUCAAAUCCAUCAUUUUGCUUAAUUCUGGAGUGUACACAUUUCUGUCCAGCACCCUGAAGUCUCUGGAAGAGAAGGACCAUAUCCAUCGUGUCUUGGACAAGAUCACAGACACCUUGAUCCACCUGAUGGCCAAAGCGGGCCUGUCUCUGCAGCAGCAGCACCGGCGUCUGGCCCAGCUCCUCCUCAUCCUGUCCCACAUCAGGCACAUGAGUAACAAAGGCAUGGAGCACCUGUACAACAUGAAAUGCAAAAACGUAGUGCCUCUCUACGACCUGCUGUUGGAGAUGCUGGACGCCCACCGCCUGCACGCCCCAGCCAACCGGGGGGGCGCACCCAUGGAGGAGAUGAACCAGAGCCAGCUGGCCACCACGGGCUCAACUUCAGCACAUUCCUUGCAAGCAUAUUACAUCACUGAGGAGGCAGGGGCUUUCCCCACCACAGUCUGAGAGCUCCCAGGCUCCCCCAAGGUCCUGAGAAUCCCUGCAGCAUGUUACCCACAUCAUGCAUCACGAUAGCAGAGUUCUCCUACGCGCACUCGGCAUGCAUCCGCCAUCGUGGCUUCCUAAUAUGAGUGGCCAUCCGUCUGCUUGCUCAGUUCUUAGUGGCACGCCUUCUUUUGGGAACAGCCAAAGGGAUUCCAGGGCUAAAUUCUUUGUAAUGGCUCUCUCUGCCCCCUUUGCUACAUUGCUAAGCAUGAGGAUUCUGUAACUUUUCAUGACUGAACUCAGUCUAUGAGCUGGGACUCAGGUGACUGUGCAUUUAAGCUACUCGUUGAGACCCAGGCCUGGAGAGUGGACAUUUCAUCUCUGUGAAGCGUUUACUGGCUCUAAGAAAAAGCCACAGGAAAGGCGUGACAGUGGCUCCUUUAAUUGCUGACUUGGAGAAAGCUAGGUCAAGGGUUCAUUAUGGCAUCAUCUUGUAUUCCUAUAGUAACGGAUCAUUUUAUUAAAGUAAUACCUUAAGGCUUUUGCUCUGUUGCAUGGCUGUAGGCAGAAUGUUCAGUGAUUGUCUAUUCAUUUGCCCUAUAGGAAUACAAGAUGCCCACAGAGAAGGAAGGUCCCCUAACUGUCAAAACUUUUUCAACUUAAUACACUGCACCUUCAGAUUUGCUGAAUGCUCCUCCACUGGUUUUUGAGAACACUAUGUACACACAGGUCAUGGGUUCCAGUUAAUUCUUGCUUCCCAUGGACCCAUCAAUAGCAAGUUGAUCCCAAUUAAGUCACCUCUACAUAUACCAGUUUCCCUUUGAGGGAUAAAUUCUUGUGUUUUGUUUGUUUUGUUUUGUUUGUUUGUUUUGUUUUGUUUUGUUUUGUUUUCAUUUUAUGAGAGAAAGCCCUCUCCCCUCAGGACUUGGCAGUAUAUCCGCUUCAGGACCUGUUCUGGUGUGGUCUCACACUUGCCAGCAGAGGGCGUUCUACUCGGAUCUCCCUGGUGUGUGACUUCACACGGAAGGUGAAUUAGUCGCUUGUAGUGCCCAGCAUAUGACCAAGAACGGUUCAAAAGAGUGGGCACCCUGGUGACACUUUUAGCCCUGGGGAACUGGGGUAAAUAGUAAAUGUGCAUGACUAUUGUAAGUCUUGGAGAACAGGAGGGCAGAAACCAGAUAAACCUGAGAGGCUCAUGGUGGACCUGCACAGGCCGCAGGUAACCCCGAGAGCCCCUGGCAGGCCCCAUGUGCACUGUGGGGCUGCCCUGGGAUCCGCGGGAAGCCCUUCUGUCCUUGCCACCUGGCUGGCAGCAGCAGCAGUAGAAAGCCGCAUUCCUGAGGUUUUCCCAGCACACUUUGGGGUGAUGGGGCCAGAGGGUCGGGAUCAGACACACCCUACUGGGGUUGCCGGGGACCUGGUCAGCCUACGUGUGUUCUUGGUUGUCUAGAGCUCAUCCAACAACCAGGGUUUGGCCUUGGGGAAAAAACUUCCCCCAAAGCUCAUUUCAUCCAACUUCAUAAGCCAAGCGCGCGUGUCUAAAGUUGGGCCAUAGGAGUCCGUUGACCUAUAGGCUAAACCAGAAAGGCUCACUGGGGCCACAGGGCAGUCUUCCCCAGGCCUUUGCAUCUCCAGAGCCAACUAUGGGUCAUCUCUUCUUCUCAGCCAAAAAGUAAGUCUGGUUUCCUCCAGUGACUUCAGUUUCUAUGAUUUGAACCCCAUUGAGAGGUGAUGUGUUAGCCAACAACACAGCCAAGCUUCGAGGGCAUCUCUUGGGACGCCUGUUUUAAAAGGUGGAUUUCAUUUCAUUUUUGAUUACUUAGUAAGCGAUCACCAAAGGACUGGGAACCUGGGAGGGCCAAAAAAAAAAAAAAAGUUAAGUUUUUUUUUCAUUUUAUGUGCAUCUGAAUUUAGGGGCAAUUUUGUGUAUCUGCAGUAAGGAUAUGUUUAGAACAUAAUUCUUUUGUUUUUGUUUAAGAAGACCUUAUGUAGUAUAAUAUAUUUUGUUUUUGAAAUUGCAAUGCUUGUUUAUCAGACAAUUGAAUGUAGUAAUUCCGUUCUGGAUUUAAUUUGACUGGGUUAACAUGCAAAACCCACGAAAAAUAUUUAGUUUUUUUUUGUAGAGCUACCUUGUCAUGUAUGCGGUCAUUGAUGCCUAAGGCCUGGUGAUUAUUCAUUUAAAUGAAGAUCACAUUUCAUAUCAACUUUUGUAUCCACAGUAGACAAAAUAGCACUAAUCCAGAUGCCUAUUGUUGGAUAUUGAAUGAUAGACAAUCUUAUGUAGCAGAGAUUAUGCCUGCAAAGGAAAAUUAUUCAGGGCAGCUAAUUUUGCUUUACCAAAAUAUCAGUAGUAAUAUUUUUGGACAGUACCUAAUGGGUCAGUGGGUUCUUUUUAAUGUUUAUACUUAGAUUUUCUUUUAAAAAAAUAAAAACAGACAAAAAAAUUCUAGUACUAUAGAUGAUGUAAUACCAGCUAAAUCCAAACAAUAAUAAAGUGGAGGGUUUUACAUUAUUCAUCUAAUGUGUUUGUAUUCAUGUUACGAUACUACUACAUUUGAAAUGGGCAGAGAACACCAGAUGGUUGGAGUGUUAGCCCAGGAAUCUCAAAUAAUUUUAGAAAUCUCUUCUUGUUCUUAUUUGAAGUGCCACUAAUGGACAGCUGACACUUUGCAGCUGAUACUGCUGUUGGGGGUAGGGAACAUGUUGUCUUCCCCACCCCCUCCACACUCGGAGGCAAUUUAAGUUUUGAAAGACAUGAUCAACCUGGGGUUAGGGUAGGGUGGGGAACUAAGGUCAGGAAUUUGGAGAGUGGGAAAUACAGUAAUAAAAGCCUUGAAAGUAUUUUGAGGCAGAUCGAUACUGGCACCUGGGGUAUGCACCGGGGUUCUGUAUUCCACUCGUGUCCUGUAAACUACAAAUGACAGCCAUUUCUAAAAUGGCAGCUGGAAUUCUAUGGAAGAAGAAGCGUCAUCCACAGUCUAAGGUCUAAGUCUAAGGAACCGCUAGCGGUCUAUGUUUCUUUUGGCCAUUGCCAAGCUCCAAGCUUGCAGUUUACUAUGGUAAUGAUUCCGUAAUGCUGUCAUGCAACAGAGAGGCUAGUUCAUCCAAAGAGAAGACCCUACGUAGGUCGCAAAAUCCAGUCCCUAAGGAAGUUCAGUCAUUGGUUAGAUUUUCCUGUUAAUCUUGCAAGGCCGUCUAACUAUGCCAUAUCCCAUGCUUUCUGGGGGCUGAACAAAUAAGGGACUUACCGGUAAUUUACUCUUGAUCACAUUAAGGUGUUCUCGCAUGAAAAUCUUAUACAUUGAAAUGGCCACUGAUUUAGGCCAUCGGUUUGGAGUACCCCUACAUGAAACCAAUUCCAAAUCCCUUCCUAUUCAUACUUUCCUACUCUGAGAUGGCCUGUGGAUGCCGGGAAUGGUCACUAGGACCGUAGUAAUGUCUAAUAUUCACAGGCAAAUCUGCUUUGGGAAACUAGUUAUUUGGAAGGCAAAUAGAGUUGUAUAGUAGUUUAUGAGGCAACCAUGAUUCUUUUCAGUACAAGGCUUGGGAGGAUGAUCCAGAUUACACUGCACUCUUCCCAGGUGAACUCCCUGAAAACUUACUCUCAACUGGAGCAAAUGAAUUAAACUGUGGUUGGUCCCAAAUAUUCAUCUUUCCAUUAGUGUGAUUCCUCUGUUUCUAACUGCAUUUCCUUUUCAUCUGGAUUAAAGUGAGUGUGGCCUCUUUCUAAGUCGUUUAAAAUUGUUUUCUAAGUAAUCGCUGCCUCUGUUACGGCACUUCAGUUUUGCACUGUCUUUCAGAGAUUGAAGAAAAAUUUCUAUUCUUUGUGUUUUUUUUGCAUCCAAAUGUGCCUGAACUUUUUAAAUAUGUAAAUGCUGCCAUGUUCCAAAUCCAUCUUCAGUGUCUUUGUAUAGAGCUGUGUACCCUGGAAACAACAUUCAGCCCCAUGAGCAGGUGCCUGAGAUGUGGACCCCUUUGCAUUUACAGAGAGGUCAUUGGUCAUAGAGACUUGAAUUCAUAAGUGACAUUAUGCCAGUUUAUGUUCUCUCACAGCUUAUAAACAAUGCUUUUUGUACACAUCUUCUUCAAUGUAGAGCUCUUGUUUUAUGGGAAAAGGCUGAAAUGCCAAAUUGUGUCUCACGGUUUAAUAUGCCUUUUCGCUGAUGCAUACUAUUAUCGAUGUGAUUCUGUUUUGUUGCAGCUUUGCUUUGUUUAAUGAAACACAAUUGUAAACCUCUUUUGCACCUUUAAAAAGUAAGGAGUCCAGUGGGAUGCUCAAGCACCUGUAAACAAUUUUCUCAAUCUGUUUGAUGUUCAAAUAAAAAUUAAACAAAUGACAACA